AUGGGCAUAUGGGAUUCUAUAGUGGGCGCUCGUCGCGAAGCCCAACACCGUGCGGAGGCGGAACGGCAGAGACUCCUCCCAACACAUGAACGCGACGAAGCUCAGGGACUCGAGUCUGCCAAGGAGAUUGCUAAGGUUGCUUUGCGCUUGAGAUACCAGAUUGAGCAGGUGGUCUGUUGUGAGCUCGACGAAAGCGCCUUGACCGACUCCAACAGCCGGAUCAUAUCUGAGCAUGUGGUCCAAACAGCCAAACGGGCGGGUGGCGAAGACUACAGCGCCUGUGUAGUGUUUUGCUUGAUCGUCUGUCUACGGUGGUUCAAAAUGCAAGCCAAUAUUGAACUGUGGGACGCUGAUCUUCACCAUGGACGUGCGACUGCCUGUGAGGUUAUUGCGAAGCGCAUCAUUGAAUCCGAACCCGACCAGGAUCAUUUGCUCAAGAAUAUCUUACUGAAGCGCUACUCGAUCUUUAUCGAAGGGGAGGAGAGCUCGCCCGCCAAUGUAGUCGAGCGCGCGAUCGACCUCCAUGCGCUACGGGUUAUUGGCUCCUCUGGGUAUCAGAAAUGUAUUCAGUACAUCUGGCGCGGCUGGAUCUGCCAGGAAGAGGGAAACCCGACAAAUUUCGUGGAGUACAGAGAUAAAUCAAGCACUGACUACUGGGUUCACUUCCACCCCGAUCGCAUGAGAACGCCUUUAUAUCAGAACAUCUGUCAGAUUAUUUUUUCAUUGGUCUACCUGUGUCUCUACACAGCUGUCAUUAAUACCGUCAACCCCACCGGUGAUCUUGAUCUGGCGGAGUGGAUUCUCUAUCUGAUGACUCUUGGUUUUAUCUGCGACGAAGUUGCAAAAUUCUGGAAAGUGGGACGCAACUACUUCAAAUUUUGGAAUGCCUUCAAUUCAACUCUCUACGCUUUGCUCGCGAUUUCCUUCGCGAUGCGCUGCGUGGCCUUGGCCCAUUCCCCCUCUACCCAUCACGCACAGCGAGAACGCUUUAACGGGCUUAGCUACAACUUCCUUGCAUUUUCAGGUCCCAUGUUCUGGAUGCGCAUGAUGCUGUAUCUCGACUCUUUCCGAUUCUUCGGGGCCAUGUUCGUGGUCUUGCGGGUCAUGAUGAAGGAGAGUAUCAUAUUCUUCGCUCUGCUCUUUGUGGUUCUUGUUGGAUUUUUCCAAGCAUUCAUUGGCAUGUCUCAAGUUGACAGCGAUGUCGAUAUGACUGGGCCCAUCAUUCAAGGCAUGGCGAACAGUGUUAUGCAAAGCCCCGAGUUUGAGAUCUUCCAAGACUUUGCAUUCCCAUUCGGAAUCAUUCUCUACUAUGUGUUCAACUUUGUGGUCAUGAUCGUUCUCUUGAAUAUCUUGAUCGCCCUCUACAACAGCGCCUAUGAGGAUAUUUCUGGCAAUGCCAACGACGAGUUCAUGGCCAUUUUCGCCGCAAAGACCAUGCAAUUCGUGCGCGCUCCCGACGAGAACGUUUUCAUUGCACCUUUCAAUCUGAUUGAGAUUGUGUUCCUUGUCAUUCCCUUUGAGUGGUGGCUUUCGACCAAAAGCUACGCCAAGGUUAACGAUAUUGUCAUGGGCAUCUUAUACGCGCCUCUUCUUGUCGUGGCCGCGUGGGUCGAGACUCGCCAGGCCGCCAAAAUCAGAUGGAAUCGUCGACAUGGAGAAGAAGAUGACGACUGUACGCAGGAGUGGGAACAUGUGGCCAGUGAUGUCAACUUCGAUCUGGAUGAUAGCUGGAAGGAAGAAGUCAGACAGAGCAGUCCUGACGUCAAAACGGACGCCUGUACUCUGGAGGUUCGGCAGUUGCAAGAGCAGGUUGCUCUACUGACGGAGCUGGUGAAGAAACUCUCGGAGAAGGCUGAUUCUGCGGACGGGGCGAACUAG